AUGAUUGCACAAGCAGCACUCUCAUUUCCCCGAAGGAUGUGCGCCACCGCUCAGAAGUCAUUUGCCGCCGACGAGCUAAGUCGGGCAUUGACCGAGCAAUCCUUCGGGAUCACAAGUUACCGACUCGAAUCCUCCGCCAGCUCCCUACUUGCAAGUGCGGGGGUUACGUUGCUAGAGGGCAAAACAAUCCGUAUCACCCUUACCAGUCAAGGCUAUCAUAUAGAGAAUGCCAAGCAAGGGGAAACCUACGAAUCGCUGGACCAACUUUUACAAGCAGCAAGUCCGUUGUAUACACAGCAAGCACAAGCAGCCUUGAUUUCUAGAUUAUCGCGGAUAGCGUAG